AUGGCAAAAGAGCCGCCCGCCGAUCCAUCCGAGUUGUGCUCCAACGCCCCCGCUAUAAAUUAUAAAUAGAAUGGCAACAGCGCCAUGUGUGUGCGUGUGGAGAGCAACUGCAAAAGAGCACAUUCUCUCUCACAUAACACGCUUACCAAACAGGUUUUGAGAAAGAGAGCGAGAGAGACGACUACAAUUCGACUACGACACACUUUUUUCCUGCUCCCUCAACAGUUUUUUUCGCCGCUCCACACGAUCUAGAGCUGUUUUGCUGUUUGGUCCGUGUUUGUGUGCCUAAAAACCUGCAGCAUAUUUGUGGAAAUUAAAAUCCAACGACCAGCCGAUUGAUAUCAACGAACAGCAGCGGGAGAGAGAGUCGCAGCCCGCAAAAAGAGACAGACAAAGAGAGAGAGAGAGAUUACACUGCGCCAAAGAAACACACUGGCCUGUAUCUGUAUGUGUGAGCGCAAUAUCUAUGUAUAGAAAUGUACUCUGACGUAAGUAGUCCGCCUGAGAGCUGAGAGAGCGCUAUCUUGAUAUUCGGAUACUUGAUUUUUGGUGUCUUGGUCCUGGUUAACUGUCAAUAAGCAAGGGCUAGCAAGUAACGGAUAACCAGCCAAUAAUCUUUUGGCCAAAAUGAAUAAAAUUGUAAAUCUGGCGCUUAUUGUCGGGUUGUCAGCCAUUGCAGAUGAAAAAAUACAGGAGGAACAGUAUAGAAACGGUGAAGACGGCAAACAGUUUGAAGACGGCGGUGGACAACGCAUAAGGAACGUGCUGACGCUGGAGGAGCGGGUGGCGGUCAUUCGACAGUACGACAUCUUGCCUAUGUACAGCAAGAUAGCCAAGAACUUCAACUGCAGCUGGGAGCAGAUCAAAAGCAUCGUGUCCAAUCGGCAGGCCAUCAUGGAGUUCUACGAGGCCUCGCGCCGCCUCAAUGAUUUGCCAAACGAGGAGUUGUGCAGGCGCAAGCUCAACUUCCUGGGACACUGCCUGUACGAGUACAUACAAAGGGCCCAGUACUACCUGCAUGUAGACAUCAAUGAGGAGCUGAUCCGCAAGCAGGCCGUGGAGUUUCGGGAUCUCAUGCAGAUCGAGGGCUUCAGGCCGAACAAGCCGUGGAUCAAUCACUUUAAGGCUGCAUACAACAUCACGCUAUCGAAUCGACAAAUCACUAUGACGCGUAAGCCACCGCGCUCCAUGGACCUGAGCGACAUCAUGUCCUACUGCGGCCGACACACGUCAAUGUGCAAACUGAUGGUUAAUAGUACAGAAGUACCAGCACCAGCAGCUUCACCCACCACGAGCACUCCAACAGACGCACACCUGGCUUCCGCACGCUCGCUGUACCGCACCAAGACGUUGGUGGCCGCCUCUAGUCAGAACCAGGCCACCCUGGUGGAGGUACAGCAACGGCGCAAGCGAAAGAUCAACUUUCUGGAGAAAGCCUUGUACGAGUAUAUCGAACGCUCACAGAUCCAUCAAAAGGGACGACUCGAUAUGGACAAUCUGCGCACCGUGGCCAUUAGUCUGCGCGACAUACUGAAGAUUGAGAAUUUUUUUCCCGACAAGAUGUUUUUCAACCACUUCAAGAGCCACUACAACUUUAGCUUCUCCCAGGGAGUACCUCUGACCCAUCGGAGAGUACCCUUAUCCCUGGACCUGCGUGACAUCGUCAGCUACUGCGGCCGGAACGAUAAUCGCUUUGCGGCGCAGGAGCGCUCCGUUGUCCGUCUUCCGUUGUUGGAUCCCAAGCCAAGUCCGGAUAUGGAUAAAGCGAAAGCAAAUGAAAGCCCACAUGUUGAUGAGCGGGAGCUGUCCAUUGUCCAUCUGCCGUUGUUGGCUCCAAAGACGAUAGCAAUGGAAAGUUGUGAUGCUGAUGAAGACGAUGACUGCAUCGCCAUUGAGGUGCAGCCCGAACUGAUAGAAAUCAACGACGAUGAGGAUGAACCCGAGAAAGCCACGCCCCCAACAAAGCGAAAGAGCCAACACUUAUCGGAGGUAGUUGCUCCUCCACUGAAGAUACAGAAAAUUGAGUCCCUCCACAGCCCCACAGCGGCCGAGCUAGAUGCGGCUCCUAGUCCAGGCCACUACUCGGAGACAAGCAACGAGGCAAAUGCAGGGGCAGCGCUGCCUCGUUGUGUGGAGAACUAUCAGGAUGCAUUACGUCUGCUCAAGCCACUGGAGGAUUUUGCUCUAAUGGAGGAGAACUAUCGUGCCAUUGGUCUGCUUAGCCAGUUGGAGCAGAUCUUUAAGGCUGGAACCGGAUUAGGCAAAUAGUUGGAUGUUCAGGAAUCAGUGGGAAGAAAUUGUUGAAACUCUGACAAAAUGUACCAAAUAUUGUUAUGGAGGAGCCUGCAACUUAUUAGCCUGAAGCUGAAUAGACGUGAAUGUACAUAAAACAUUACGAAAACUAAGCUACUGAAAUCCAAUUUAAAACUAUGAAAUGAGACAUGAAAACUUUUGUUAUUUUUCUGUAUUAACUUAAAGAGAGUACAAAGUAACCAAAACGUAAUAAUAAUAUCAAAAUAUAUCGUAUGUUAAUGAGCACUUUUUAUCAUAUAAAUGGAUUGAAUUGGAACUUGAAGAAGUAAACACUACAAAAACUUGUGCAUAUUAAUACCUGUAGUAUAGAUUUUGUAUAAUUGAAUGGACAUACUAGUGUUUUAUUUUUAUAUUAUUGAAAUUGCACUACUUUAAUGUGCAGAUAUCUGCAUGAUCAGCUCAAAGCUUAAGGAUAAUUCAUGUACCAAAUAUUGUAUGUAUAAUAUGAGAAGAAUCGAUAACUAAACUACAGAGGGAUAUAUGUACAUAUGAUGUACACCC